UUUUCUCACUUUGGAGAGCAACAACACAAUAGUGAACAAGAAUUAGAGAGCCACCAAACCAAACCAUAUAAUCCUUUUGUUGCCUGCAAUUGUAGGCCAAAAAGUUUUCAUUUCACACUUUCAAGCUCCAUUCAUUCCCAGAAACGCAGAAACAGAGAGAGAGAGAGAUGGAGAUUGAAUCAGUGAAGUGUGAGUGUUGUGGGCUGAAAGAGGAUUGCACGCAGGACUACAUCAGCCAAGUGAAGUCCAAAUUUGAAGGCAAAUGGCUCUGUGGAUUGUGCUCUGAAGCUGUCAGAGAUGAAGUGAGCAGAGGGAAGAAGCCCGUUUCCGCCAUGGACGAAGCUGUCAAAGCUCACAUGUCCUUCUGUCGCAAGUUCAAAUCCAACCCUGCUGUUCGUGUCGCUGACGGUAUGAGACAGAUUCUCCGGAGAAGAUCAAGCGACUUGUCUUUAUCUUCAUCAUCACCGGCUCCACCAUCUUCAAGGAAGUAUUCCAGAGCCGCCAGCACUUCCCAAGUUGGAGAUUCUUCCACUUUCACUUUCUAAUUAAGACUGUCUCUGGGGUUGGAACUUGGAAUCAAGAAUCAAUAAUAAAUAAAUAAAACUGAUAUAGGUAUAAUGAUAACCAAACCCCUUUUCUAGCUAUGCUGUUUUUUCAUCUUGUUCUGUACAGGGUGUGUGUGCUGGUUCACAUGAAGCAUAUCCUUCUCUUCCGGUUUCACUUUUCUUCUAAUGAUCUAUACUAUAUAGGUUGGUAGUAGAAGAAGCGUAUGAUGAAACGCAACGUAGGCAUUCAUUCUUCUUCAUAUAUAAGAUAUUUGAACUCUAAAACGCAGAAUAGUAGCCAGGCCUUUCUUUUUGCAUGUCAAUUGGGUAAUUAUAAGCUGAGUUUUGUUCUUUCUCCUUGAAUCUUAUCAUUCUAUGUCUCCUUGAAGGAUUUGAAAUGACCCGAGAUAUGGUAGGUUAUGGAAUCUGGAAAUGAAUGGGACAUUAUUAGGUUGAAGCUUGUAGGUGAAGAAGUUGGUUGAGAGUUGAGACUUUUGAAUACCUGAGUGAUAAACCUGUUGAUGUUAUUUAUUAUUUUCCAAAUGGAUUGAAGUACUGUAAAAUGCAGCAACAUAGUAGUAUUAUACUCUAUUAUUAUUUGAGAA